AUAAUUCAAUAUAAAUAUAUUGUAAACAAUCUUUGUUGUUGCCUUUACUUGUUACUUCCUGGUAUUGCUUAUGGCUCCAGAGUAUUCACCGCGCAGACUCUAUUGAUCUUUAUCUUUUUUGGAUUUCGGCCUUUUCCUGAGGCCUGUAUGUAUUUACUCGUGAUGGUAAUACCAUGCGACUGUUCGGUGGUGGCUUACCUACGCUUACCGACACUGCUCUCAUUUGACGGUAAGGGAAGAACACUCGUGGUACCCUCUUUGACUUUAACCUUCACUUACAUUAUUUAUUUUUUGCUUUCCUCAAUUUGCUUUACGUAAUAGACUCCCUGUUCUUGGUUGGCUGCAGCUCGACGGGCUAACGGCUGGCGCGCCGGAUAGUCGCAUGCAGGUGCGCCCUCUACCUCUCUUUCCCAUACUCCGCGUCCGAGAUGGCCGAUAAGUCGCCCGCUCUUCGGGCCCGCAGGAUUGGCAGACACGUUUAUACCUGUAUUCAAAAUAACGCGUAGCGUUACGACUUCGAUAAUUUCCUUGAAAUAUUGUGUUUUAUACAGAAAGUGUGCCAAACGAAAAUAGUGAAAGAAUCUUCUUAAUAAGUCUGCUAAAAUGACCGACGGUAAAUAAAAUGAAUGGUGAGGACAUGUGGACUCCAUACAAAAAAUUACAGAGUUUGAUAGAGAAAUACAUAACGUCUGCCGAAAGUACAAACGAUCCGCAGUAUCAUGAAUUCACUGAAGCUCUACGUAAUCAUAGGCAGAAUUUUCUCACUCUUUUAAAGAAUCCACCAAAAAAUGCCAAGAGUCGUGAGGAAAUACAAAAAGGAGCAACGGAAGGAAUAUCGCUACCAGGAUUAGGACAUCAAGUUUUAUCUAAGGAAUUAGUAGAUGAAACGUUAAUAAUAUCAGACAUGUAUGAACUCAACGAAUUUAUGUCACUGGAUUUACUAUGCACUGCGCAGCUGCAGAUGCCUUAUCACCCUGGUUUAACGAGAGGAUUAACGGCGAUUCUUCUGUAUUACGAUGGAAGAAAAGCUUUAACCUCUGCUUUAAGAACGCUGGUUCAAGCUCGAAACGGAUACAGUUGGGUAUUGGACACACCUGUUGCACUUACAAAACAAAUUACAGAUUACACCGAUAAGAUGCUAGAGGAUGGACUACUUGACAGAGUUCUAACACUGCUGGAAGAAAUGGAUCCCACCAAGGAACAAGAACUGUUACAACAAAACAGAGCAUUAGGAGGUGCCAAGCAUCACCAAAUGGUCAUGCAACUUUACAAUGACACGAGACAAGAUCUUGCCGACAUUUUAUACCUGUGGUCGGCUCAGUCAUCCUUACCGAGCUCGACCACUUUUCAACUAUUAUCGUUGCUCCGGACUCGCCAACCGGAAUCGGAAGCAGGACCUGGUUGCACGAGUAAAGUCACGCUAGCUCUUAUCAUGGCCCUACUUUAUUCCCUUAAUUUGAGUCCGCUUCACAGUCGAGAGGAUGGAGAAGAGAUCAUAAAAUCAAUGUCCCUGAUUGCCGAGAGGGACAUGCUGGAGCAGGUUCUGAAAAAAGUAACAUCGGAAGAAUCGACGUGGGAAAGUGCUGGGUUACGAGGCCUGGUGCAAUUUGCUUUGGCCAUAGCCGUGACUACGAUAAAGUCGGCGAACAGUCUCUUGCAAUCCCAAAAUAUCACUAUGGAGGACGACAUUUUGGUAGAAACCGCUCUCUCGAACAGGGCCUUCCACUUCAUGGCCGACGUCGUUUUCGAGAGCGAAUGCUUCCACCAGGAGGAAUUUUACGUUCGCUACUUUCAUACGCUUAUAUCGGACUUUAUUCUGCUCAUGCCAUUAAAAGUUAAAGAGCUGAGGAACAGAGCUGAUGAGUCCAUGCGACUGAUCCAAGCUUAUCAGCAGGAGGGCAUCGAACCACCGAUGAACUUGGACGAUCACUUCGAGUACUUGAUGUUAACGGUGGCGCAGCUGUACAAGAAGGACCCGUUAAAGUUGAACCUUGCUAUGGAUUUCUGGUGCCAGCACACGGACUCUUCGCACGUUCCUCCUUCCCACCACGCCAAUCGUUUGCCGUCGAGGCAGGUCGCCCUCUUCAAGUUCGUUCGGCUGGCCGGAGAGAUACUCCCGGCCGGGUUGUUCGUGCCGUACCUGAAGAUGCUGGCUUCCCUGGCUUCUUCUCCCCCCGCUGCCCGACAAGCGUUCAACUUCCUGAAACCCAACGGCUCGUCGGGAUCCACGACGAUAUCCUGGGACCACUUUUUUGGCUCGUUGAGUCGAUACUACUAUAAUCUAAGGCAAGAGCUGCCACCGAGCCAGGACACGGUCUAUCGUCAGAGGAACCACCCCAAGGGAAUCACCCCCCACGAAGUGAAGGGGCUGGAGGCGGUCUUGCGGGUCGUCCAGGUGGUGGCAAGGUACGACGAGAUCUCGAGAGUGGCCAUCUGCGAGCACCCCGGCUGGAAGGUGUUGCCCUCGCUGGUGGGCCUGGUCGGCUGCGCAAUGCCGAUCCCGCUGAAGGGAGCCCUCAUCCGGACCCUUGCUGCCCUGGCCAAGUCUCCCGAGAGCUCCUCCACGGUCUGGCAGAGUCUCGAGGCCGCUCAGAUCCUUUCAACCGUGCCGACGACCAGCAGCUAUCAGCCGCGGGGCGUCCAGACCGAGUUGGAGGAGAUCGAGUCGAGGAACGAGGAAUACCCGCUGACCAGGGCUAUGCUGGAGUUGCUCGACGCGCUGACCGACUUCCCCAUCCCCAGGCUCCUGGGGAUGGGACAGCGGAAUCCAGGAUUCGACCCUUACCUUCGUUUCGUCGUCGACGCCGUCUUCCUUCGGUUCAACGCGAGAUCCUACAAAAACCCCGCGGAGAAGUGGGAAAUCGCCGACACGUGUCUCAAGAUAUUCCAUAAGCUCGUCAAGCGGUACGAGCCGACCGUCGAGGACUUCGUGGGCUGCAAGAUAGAGCUCCAGGGCGGCGAGACCACCGCUGUCAAUCCAGCUCCCGGCUACCACCUGAUGACCCAACUCCACUCCAAUUCGGAACUUUUGCACGUCCUGCUCUACAUCCUCGACGAGGGUUGCCACUGUCUGGACACGUACGACCGGUUCACCGGGAAACGGAGUUUGGAGAACAGCGCCCUCCGGUGCUUGGAGGUGCUGGACCGGUGUCUGAAGGUGCAGCACCGGUACAUGGCGCAGUUGGCCGAAGCCACGACGGCCACUAAGAUAUCGACGGGCCUGUCUAGGCUCCUGCUGGGAGUGAACCCUCGCACUGGGAAGCCGGACCACAUGAUUAACGUCGCAAAAUACAUCUCGUACAACUCGUGGCUCCGCAGACACGCCUACGUGGCCGUCGAGAUCGUCCAAGGAGUCGCCGGCGAGCCCGGGGCCGACUCCGAGCUGGUGUCGACCUUCGCCUCCGCGCCGUCCCUCUCCGUCCUCAUCCGGCACGGCUUUGUCGAGUGCCUGGACGCCGAUGGCGACUACGACGUGGACGCCGACGCGGACGCCGAGCCAGAGAUCGGGCCGGAGCCGGAGUCGGGAGCGGACGAGAGCCAGGAGAUCGCCCGGAGUCACGAGAGGCUCCGUCCCGGUAACUGCAAGGACGGAAUCCUCUCGUUGAUGAUGCAGAGCAUAACGCGGCCCGCCCCCAAUCUGGCACACUACCUCCUCGGAUUCGAGAUCGCGAAAGACAUCGGGAAAACGAUCAUCCAGCAGCCGGGCAUCCUGGGUUACCCUAGGACUUGCUUGCAUUCCGUCCUCGGGAUCCUGGAGUCGUCGCUGGAGCGCGGUCGCGACAAGAUCACCGAAGCCUGCUACGCGUUCCUCCACACGCUCUGCGCGAAUAACAAGACCUCGGGCCCGGUCUCGCGGUUCCUGAGGACGUCGAGCAACCAAGACUUCGUCCAGAGGCACCUCUCGAAGCUGCCCUUCCAGGGCGGAAACCGGGCCACGGAGCUCGCCUGCAUGUCCUGGCUGCUGAAGGUGGCGGCCAUCGAGCUGCGGGUCAGCGGGGGUAGUCCGCAGAACGCCCUGAUACAGCGCCUGGUCGGCAGCUCGAGUCAGGACCGGGAUCCCGUGGCGUCCUCGCAGAAGCUCCUGAUGGACCUACUGCACUACAUCGACUUCCAACUGGAGCUCGAGCCCCCCAAAUCCUGGGAGUUCUUCGACCCCUCGCAGGUGGAGAUGGCCCUGGGCAGGUGCAGCGCGCCGCUGAGCCGCUCCUUUGGGGGGCCGCAGCUCGUUGACAUUAGGAAGCUGCACGCCCUCGUCACCGAGGAGCUGGCGGUCGCGCGCAGCAGCGCCACCCUGACCCAAAGGAAGCUUAUGCAGCGGGAGCUGCAGUCGAUGCUCGCCUACGCCCUUAAGAGGAACCAGACCAAGACCCUCUCCUACGCCACCGUCAAGUUCGUCGAGGGCUGGUGUCAGGCGACGGAGACGCUCUUCUGCGUGGCGAGCGCACAGCAGCUACCCCCGGCGCGGCGGCAGGUCCUCCUGCUCGAUCUCUCCCACGACCUGCUCCAGAAGAUGACCUCCUGCGAGGCCCUCGCCGAGAUCAAGACGCUGGUCUCGGGCACGGUGCUCGUGCUCCUGGUCAACCUGCGGAAUAACCUGGCGACCCGCGGCGGCGGCGGCGGCGACGACGAGCUGCCGCUGCCGUCCUCGGCGGCGCAUACCACCAUGACGAAGAUCAUCCUGACGCACGUCGUCCAGUGGAUCAUCGGCUCCGGUGCCUCUUCGCAAAAGGUCCAGUCGCACCUGUACGGCGCGCUCCUCAACUUCCUCUGCGUGGUGGGGCUGGACAAGGCCGAGCCUCGGAGCGGGGACGCCGCCGACGUGACAUACGUCAGCCAGCUGGACAGCGGCCUGCACCGGGCGCUGCCGGCCCAGGAGCGCUCCCACCGCUACGCCACAGUCCAGGUGCUCGACGGCUUCGGCGAGAAGCUCAUGGACAUCGUCUGCCGCAACUGCUCCGGCGGCCACGACGUCUGCAAGAUGCUCGCCCUCUCCUGCCUCGACAAGGUGCUCGAAUUGGACUCGGACAACUCGUGGGUCGCCUACCUGGCGAGUCGCGGCUACCUGAAGCACGCGACGGACAGCCUGCUGGAGUCGGACGGCCCGCUGCGCCGCGUCCUACGCCCUGAGCCCGACACGCUGCGGCCCUUGUACCUCUACGAGGCGCGCAUGGCCGCCCUCUGCCGCAUGGCUGCCAGCCGGCUCGGCGCUGAGAGCCUCCUCGAGAACAAGGUGCUCUCCUGCCUCUCCGGCAUGCGCGUCUUCGACUACCACCCCGACGCCCACGUAGGCUUCGAGUCGGGCGACGCCUCCUUCCUGCCCUCCGUGGGUCAGCGGUACCAGCAGGUGCUGCUGCCGGCGCUCUACCUCUGCGACGCCCUGCUCACUACCCUCGGCACCGAGAACCAGUCCUGCGCCGUUCAAGUUUGCGGUUUCCUCCAGAGCCACCGGGACGCCGUUGAGGCGGCCCUCGGCAACGCCCUGCCCUGCUCCAACGCCUCCUUCCUAAAGGAGGUCGCCUGCCUGACCGGAGUCAUCGGCAGGUCCGCCAAUAUCGACGUCUACGACCUGGUCGAGGACGAGCUGCAGAGGGUCAACGGCCCGGGAGACGCCACCGGGAUGAGGGAGCUCCGGGCCCACCUGUAUCGCCUCCAGAAACUCAUGCUCUCGCUCCUGCCUAAAUUCCAGCUACAGGCCCCGCCGGCCGAGGGCGACGAGGCCAGGGUCUACUCGUCCUGCGUGCAGAUAGUCGCCAACGUCAUGCUCUACGCUCGCAACCAGAUGAAGCACUCGGAGAUGGACCAGAAGAUCCGCAACGCCCUGUUCGAGCCCUACCACCUUCCCAAGCCCGGGGGCAGGGAGGCCUCCGGCGGCGACGUUCACCUCGGCGCCGUCGUCGCUCAGCUCACCUCCUGCACUUCCUUGAUUCACGGCGAGCUGGCGUACGUCGACACCUUGAUCAAGACCUGCGCGAUGGUCGACGAGAUGAGCACGGUGGAUCUCAAGAAGUACCUGUCGGACCGUGAAACGGAACUCGACGUGAGGAAGCAGCGCGUCAUCGUGGAGCAACGAUUGGGCAGACGAGCCCGGAGUAAACGGCAGGACAUCAAGUAUUGCUCCUUCAUCAUCGAACACAGUUUGUACAUCCUGUGGAGCCACUUGGACUUCUAUACCAUGCAAAUCACGUCUCGGCAGAUCAGGACUCGCAUGCCACCCGGGGACAUGGACGACGCCAUGUCGGAGUGGAGGAUAUCGGAGGAAACCUUGUCCGAUCUGAAGCAAAGCCUGGUAUCGGUGUUGACGGAUAGCUUUGUCGCGCAGUUGUUGGACACGCAGAGCGAGUAUACCACGAUAGACCGCAAUUUCAUCGAAGCUCUCGUGAGGAGGAUCAAAAGACUGCUGCAGUUUAUCGUCGUCAAAUGAGAUCGCCCUUUACUAGGGUGUUUCACGCAUCUUUCAAUGCUGCCUGUAAAAUACCGUUCACAGGAGAA